AUGUCUCCUGUCAAAGAGGAGCUCUUGAAGCAUACGGAAGAGCAGUGUUCUGUCAGCCCCUUUGGGCUCAGGAGAAAUUUCCCAGCCAACCCAGAGGAAAGGCCUAUUCAUCCAGGAGUCAAGGAGAAAGAGAAAACCUUUGAAGAUUUUGUUGACGAGCAGCUCAAACUGGAUAAAGAACCACUAAGAAAGGAUAUGCAGAUCAGAACAGGGGCCACAGGGACAGAAAAAAGGAACUUCCUUCGUAAAGGGGAGGGGAGAUCUAGACUUAAGAAGAGCAUGAAAUCCAACCAGGAGGAGCCUCCAGUGUUUGUUCUACAGCACAAUGAAAAAAGCAGAAGAAUGUACAGCAGCCCUGGUACUCACCAGAGGCGCAGCUCAGCAUUGCUGGAUUCCUUAAAGACAAAAGCUGAAAGUAAGCCCUCUGAACAGAGAUCAGAGAUCACAGAUAAAGAAGGAUUUUUAAGAAAUAGCAUUUAUUCAUGUGAUAAAAAGGAACUAGGGUACGAUGGUGUAUUACAGUCAAAUAAUGAAAACCAAACCCCAUGUUUUGCUCGUGCUUCUGAUCAUGUUGAUGGCAGCAACUCACAAAAAAACAAAGAGCAUCCAAAAGAGAGCAAUCAAAAGUGCCAUUUACACCGCAACAGACCCAGCCAAAUUGGUAAUAUUUUGUCAAGUAACAGUGACCUUAAAGUGGGCUCACUUGAAGAAAGAGUCAGCUUCAAAAGGGUAAACGACCGCAUCAUCAGAGUUCCUGAAAGGAGAGCUCAUUCACCCAGUGGUAUGGCUGGUCGGACCGAGCAAAGCGCAGAUGGGUUAACCCUUACUACUGAAAUCAUGCAACUGUGGCACCGUAGUGAUUCUAGUGACAGUACCAGCACCGAGGAGGAUCCUGUGUCUCAGUAUCACAGACUUCCCAAACUUCCAUCUAAUCCCUCAAGACUAGACUGCAGAGAUAAUGACAAUGUAGACUUGUCCGAUGAGGACUAUGCCAGUGAUGCUUUGAGCGACACCAGGGACGGCGUACCGGGCCGAAUCAGAACCCCUCACUGUCCCUUAGCUCAGCUCUCCAGCUCGGCUGGGUCUGGCAGUGAAAGCAGUGAGUCUGAAAUACAGCGCCUGCACUGGUCUCAGACCGACAGAGUCAAAGAAGCUCCUCGGGCAGAGGGCAGAAGAGCCACAGAGACGAAGGAUGAGUUGAGGACACCUGGCACCUCAGACCUCUUCAGUCAAGUUUUCCCCCCGGUCACAUGUCCUGGAGAAAACAGAGCUGACAAUGAAUGUUCAGUGAGAUCCUUCAACAGUCAGCACUGUAACAGCGGAAAACCACUGCAGAAAAUACAGGGAAGAAGUGGCUUGGGUGUCAGAACUGGAGGGCGCAGUGACAUAACGAUUGACAAGAUGAAAACAGAGCAGGACAAAGCAUUAACUUUCAUCAGAACUGAAAUGGAUUCCUUUGCUAAAAAUGAGAAAGAUAGCCCAGGAACCUCCAGACCAUUGAACCAUACACCUUCAGGGUGUACACUAGACCUUACUGAGGCACAGGAUCUCAAGCAGCAGAUCCAGUACAUAAAAAAGCAUCUCGCAGAAAGGGAGCGUGAGUGGUGGCAGGCACACAGUGAGCUGCAGAGUCGUGUUGAUGUUCUCACCAGAGAGAACCAGGUGCUGCUGAGUCAGUGUGCUCUGUCUGAGAGACUUCGCAACAGCACGGGCAGGUCCACACCACACCCUGCAGCACAGGGCAUGAUGAGCAGAUACUCCAUUAACAAGGCAGAGGAUAAGAAAGAGUCUAUGAAAGGAAAGGACACUUCAAAUUCAAGAACCUCCACAGCUUCUCAUAGUCCAGAGAACAGUGAUACAAUUCUAUACAACAGUCAUGAAGCCAAGGGCUUGUGCAGAGCUGCAGAGAAUGACAAGCAGAUUUGUAGGAAAGGUCAAAAGAGCAAGAAUUCCAUGGAAAGACAAUUGCAAAGUAUAUCAACUGUUUCCUCUGAGUCAGAGCAUGAAACUACAGACAUGCCUCAGCUAAACCCUGACGUAACAAAUGAUGGCACACAAGCACUCAGAGCCAGUAAAGCCAUAAUUAGAGAGGAAAUUUGCCAUCCAGAUGGUAGGAUUGAGCAGCUUCUAUCAAAUGGGUCACGUGUCAUUGUAUUCCGGAAUGGAACUACAAAGGAGAUCGGUGCAGAUCAAAAGUCAGUCACAGUAUCAUUCUUCAAUGGAGAUGUUAAACGCAUACAGCCUGAUGGAACUGUGGUGUACCAUUACUAUGACGCUCAGAUAACUCACUCCACUUAUCCAUCUGGUUUGGAGGUUCUGCAGUUUCCUAACAACCAAAGAGAGAAGCGCUAUCCUGAUGGUACAAGGGAAAUUGUUUUCCCUGAUGGCACUAUUACGAGUCUAUACCCUGAUGGUCGACAGAAAACUUUUUUUCCAGAUGGAACUGUAGUCAAGUUAUCAAAAAACGGGGAGAAAACAGUGGAGUUUACCAAUGGCCAACGAGAGAUCCAUACCGUCAAGUACAAGCAAAGGAUAUAUCCUGAUGGAACUGUUAAAACAGUUUAUUUCAGUGGAAGGCAGUAGACAAAAUACUCAUCUGGGAGGGUUCACAUAAAGAACACUAAAGACUUUACUUUUAUGGACAAAAAGUGAGGUGUACAAAUUGGAAAAUCAGAAAUAUGUUGUGAAGUUAACCUUUUAUCAGUAUAUAAAUGUUACUGUUUACAUUUUUGCUUUGAAAUGCAUGAACAAUAAAAUCAAGAGGUGAUUCUGUGUGCAUAUAAACAUUUAAGGGAAGGUGUUUCAGUGAAAAAAAAAAGUCAU